GGAUAUGAAUAGGGCUCCACUAAUGAGGCCAGUAGUUGCAACCUUCCCUAGUCAAUAUUACUAAAAGGCAAUUUCAAAGUCUUUAUAUACAUAAAUUACUAUGAAGUCGCUAGUGAAAGUUGAUGCCCAUUUUGCACGAGGACAAGUGGAGGCCACAGACCUCACUUUGAAUGCGCGAUGAGGAUUUAGCUGUCGCAUAUUUCUGUGGCUAUUUUGCUGUGAUCCUAGUUCUUGAGGCCAAUAAUUUUAAUGCGAACAAAGAGUGGGAGGAGCAUAUGCAAGACCAUUGUUCAUGGGUUAUAGUGGCUGCUGUGUUGACCCACUAUCUUCUUCCUUGUUAUGAUUCUCUUCGUUGCCUGCCAUCUCUUUGUGUAAUUUACAUAGAGAGAGAAUCACAUAAAGCUAAAAUCCCAAAGUAAUCCUAGUGUAUAAGUACCCCUCUUAGCUACCACUUCCCACGCCAAAAGACACACACCCCUUGGAUUUUUUCGCAUUGAGAGAUCGAUGGUGAGGCCUUUGAAAGAGGUGCUCGCCGUGGAUGGAGGUGGUGGUGGUCUUGACGGUUCAUGUCUAGUAUUCCUGUGGGCAGUUUUGCUAACCCUUUGUCUGCUUUCAGCCAUAGUCUUUUCUUGUGCUGAAGGGGUAUCGAAGGACAAAACAUCUGAAGCUGAUUCGACCCUUUACGGUGGAGGAUGCGCUGCUGGAUGCGGUGCUGCCUGUGGUGGUUGACAGCAUUUCUUCCUUCUACUACAAUACAAACAUAGCUUGAAAACGUUCCGCCUUUUGGCAGGCAGCAGGUGGCUUCAGCUUUUGUACACUGAAGAGGUGAAUUGAUUGGCUCUUCAGAAAUCCAAAGCAACGGUUCUUUGCUGUCUUGUUGAUGUUCCAGAUAUAUUCUACUAAUCAUGGAAGACAAAGUAGAACAGCAUUUUGUAACCGCUUUAUCCAAUAAUUGUAACUUUGGAAUUAUUCUCAGUUGCAUA